UCAAAUUACCACAAGGUCUCAAAGCAAGAGCGAAGAAGAACAGAGAGAACCCUCUGAAAUUGGGGGCAACAAUGGAGUCCAGUUCCAAGAACUACAGCUAUUACGCUUGCGAAGGAGAAGUAACAACAGAAGGGGAACAAGAUGAGAAGUGGACGCACUUGAUCGUAUACGCUGCAGCAGGCGGAACGACAGUAGCAUUGGCGUGCGCCAAGAGAUUGGGAGCUAUUUUGCUGAUAAUGGAACGAUGGCGGGUUCAAGUUUUCCUCCUUCUCAACUUCCUUCUCCUGGCAAUCUUCCUCACUUCCCUCCGCUCCUCCUCCCCUGCUCCGAUUCCUCCAAAAUCAAGACAGGAAAAACAGAGCUGCAGCGGGCGGUCGGAAUCCGAAUCGGGUUCGGAGAGUCAAGUUGCUGAGAUCAGAGCAACAGAGAACAAGGAGAGCUCUGGAGUGGUGAAAGAGAAAGUUGAGAAUGAAUUAUCAGAAGGGGGUGAUGAAGAAGAGAAGUUGACGAAGGAGGAGCUGAACGAGAGAGCUGAAGCGUUCAUCGCCAAGUUCAGGGAGCAUUUGGUUAGAGAUGCUGCCUGCAGCCAUUGAUUGAAGAGUGGCAGAGGGAGAGAAAUUUGCAUCUUGGUUAACUUGUAAGCAGAAUUGCAUCAACGUAACCGAAAAGGGAUCAAACUCCGAACCCAAAUUCAUUUUUGUUUGUCAUGUCCUUUUCUUCUUCUGCAAAAUGUUCAUUUCUUGCUAAAUCAUGUUGCGA